AUGGCUUCCCCCACUGCAAAGUUUAACAGCUUCAAUUCCCGCGGAGAACGAUUGCCGGACGAGUUGGCUGUCCAGAUCAUGCAGAAGUAUCGGGAUCGGUCCUACCUUAUCACUCGUCAGGAUCCGGCCACAGGCCAUCGCACCCACGAUGUCCAGUCCGAGCUGGUUGAUACUUUCCGCUGGGUCAGCCAUCGACAGUUUCUCCGGCGCGUGUCGUACGAUGAAGCCGUGAAGUCGGGCAGCCUUACAAACCUCGCCAUCACACCCUCUAACCUGCGAACUUGGUUCGGUCUGGAGCCUACCGCCGACGUGAUCGUGUACCUCACAGAGAGCCCGCAAGCUGCGAUGAAGACCUGGCUUCGGACUCGAGAGCUCAACAAUGCUGCAUGCUGGUCGAUCUUUCCGAUGACACCGACUGAUGAGAACGGUCUUCCAGGUACCAAGCACGAGGUCUUGAAGUUCGUUGAUACAGUGAGCGGUUGGAAGAAGCUCAAGGUGAACGAUGGUGUCAGUGCCAAUCUCUCAAUGGUGGUCUUGUCAGAUCACCUUGAAUUUACCCUCCAUGCGCGGAUCGAUUCAAAGCCGAGUACGAGUCUCAUCGAAGACGACAACACCCCUCCAAGGCCGAGUUGGAGACCCGCCCGCGACCCCACUCGCUCCGUGACGCUGACGUGGCAAUGUGGGCCGCCCCUCGCUUCGCUGAGCACGGACCAGAUCAGCGCCAAGGCUUUGAGCAAUGUACUCAUCGACCCUGCCAAGUUGAGUCGGGGCAGCAUUGUGAUUGUCAAGGUCCGACCAUGCUCGCAGGCCCCUUCGAUGAUUGCCGCGCUCGAGAUGUACGAAACACAAAGGGCAUGUGAGUACGCAACGGCCGGAGUCGAGUACAGGAUCGUCCCGCCAAGGGGCUACAUCGACACCAAGUCGGAGCUCGUACCCGAAGACGGGGCAAAGUCGCAUCCCGGCGAGGAGUCUGAAGUGUGA